AUGGAAAAGUCAGAUGUUUUUGCUGCCACCGACAGAAAGGGUAAAUUCUGUCGAAACUGUAACCGUUCUGGGCAUCUCUUCCCCGACUGUCCUUCUGUUGAAUGUCGCACAUACCACCAGAAAGGUCAUCUUAGCUACCAUUGUUCACAGCUGUUCUGCCGUUACUGCAAGCUCUCGGGACAUUUAAUUACUGCCUGUCCUACUUGCCCACCACGUCCUAGUCCACUCAACUCGUCUCAUGUCUCUCUUUCUGAUAUUGCAUCUCUUCUUCAGCAUCUUCUCUCUGUUUCUGGUAAUACUCCUGCUGCUUUUUCCACCUCUCCAGGUAAUUCUAAAUGGUACUUUGACUCGGGUUGUUUUAAUCACAUGUCUUCGUUGCGUAAUAUUUUCUCGUCCAUGUACCACUACAAAUGGACCUUCUGUCAAUACUGCAAAACAAAUCAUCGGGACUGGGUGUAA